ACUCUACAAUGCAACUUCUCUCCAUUCCUCCUCGCCCUCCCUCAUUUCUCUCUGUGAGCAGGAAUCUGCGCUCACUCUCACCGCCUCGCAGUCGUCUAAACUGCCACAGUGCAUCUCUCUCCUCUAUCAGCUUUACUUUCUCCCCAGUGAGGAUGACAUCCCCGGAUUUGAUGAACCAGCAAAGCUCUCAUUCUGGCAGGAGGCUUCCGAGGGAGACCCCACAUGAACGGGCUUAUGGGACGUGCGGGAGCUGUGCCUAAGGAGCUUCAUAGAAAACCUGUCAGCUCCAGAAGACACUGGAUCGCUGACGACAGUCAUCAACUCCCGAGUUGAAACCAGCUCUCUGGAAAACUUCUCUUACACUCAAAGCAGCUGAGAUAACCAAGCAAAUGUCACAGGUUGAACAAGAGAUCUCACUGGUCCAGAGAAAGAUGUCUGACCUGGAGUCAGUUCUCCAGCAGAAAGAUAUCGAACUGAAGGCCUCAGAGACUCAAAGGACAAUCCUGGAACAGGACUUGGCAACCUACAUCACAGAAUGCAGUAGUCUGAAGCGCAGUUUAGAACAAGCACGGAUGGAGGUGACCCAAGAAGAUGAUAAAGCCCUCCAGCUGCUCCAUGACAUCCGAGAGCAGAGCAACAAGCUUCAGGAGAUCAAAGAGCAGGAGUACCAUGCUCAGCUAGAGGAGAUGAGAGUUUCCAUCAGGCAGCUGGAGGAGGACCUGUCUGCAGCCCGUCGCCGUAGCGACCUGUACGAAGCUGAGCUGAAGGAGUCUCGACAAGGCAACGAGGAGCUGAAGAGGAAGGCUGCAGACUAUCAGCACAGGAUUCAGAAGGCCAAAGAGCAGAGCAAAGCAGAGGUAGAGGAAAUGAUCACCAAACUGGAAAAGGCCAGCGGAGAGCAGCAGCAGAGGAUCCAGGACCUGCAGGAGAAGCUUGCAAAGACGUCAAAGGCCAGCGCCGAGGCCACAGACCAUCUCCAGAGCAUGAAAAUGGCCAAAGAGCGCCUGGAGCGCGACCUGGAGAGGCUGCAGAAUAAGGAAGACUCCAGCGACAGCCUGCGCAGACGUCUGCGUGAGACCGAGGAUGGAAGGAAGACCCUGGAGAACCAAGUGAAAAGGCUGGAGAUUGUUGAGCGCCGGGAGACGAAGCUGAAAGACGAGCUUCAGAGCAAAUCGCAGCAGAUUCAGCAGAUGGCAGAAAAGAUUCUGGAGUUGGAGGAGAAUCUGCGAGAGACCCAAUCGACUGCUCAACGGCUAGAAACCCACCUGAAGCAGAAGGAAAAGCUCUACGAAGACAAAAUAAAGGUGCUGGAGGCUCAGAUGAAGGCGGACAUGGCCGAUAAGGAGAUGCUGGAGUCCAGUCAGAGCAAAUAUGAGGAGGAGGUGCGGGAGAAGUGCAGCAUCAUCAGUGAACAGAAGGCGACUAUCAAUGCAAUGGACUCAAAGAUGAACAGCCUGGAGCAGAGGAUUGCUGAGCUGUCAGAGGCCAAUAAACUGGCAGCUAACAGCAGCAUCUAUACCCAGAAAAACAUGAAAGCCCAGGAAGAGAUGAUCUCGGAGCUUCGCCAGCAGAAGUUUUACCUGGAGUCUCAGGCUGGAAAGCUGGAGGCCCAGAACGCCAAGCUGGAGGAGCAUCUCGAGAAAAUGAGUCAGCAGGAGCAGAGCAACAAGAGCCGUGUGCUGGAGCUGGAAACUCGGCUCCGUGAGAUCGGACUGGAGAAUGAGGAGCAGAAACUGGAAAUAAAGCGUCAGGUGACAGAGUUAACCCUGUCCCUGCAAGAGCGUGAAUCUCAGAUCAGCAGCCUUCAGACGGCUCGCCAUGCGCUGGAGAGCCAACUCCAACAGGCCAAGACUGAGCUGGAGGAGACCACAGCCGAGGCCGAGGAGGAGAUCACUGUUCUCAGAGCGCACAGGGAUGAGAUACAACGCAAGUAUGAUGCAUUGAGGGACAGCUGUGCGGUGAUCACUGACCUGGAGGAGCAGCUGACCACUCUCACUCAGGAGAACGCCGAGCUGAACCGGCAGAACUUCUACCUGUCCAAGCAGCUGGACGAAGCCUCCGAUGAGCGGGAGGAUCGGCUGCAGCUCAGCCAGGACGUGGACAGGCUGCGCCAUGAGGUGGCCGACCGGGAAAUGCACCUCAACAACCAGAAACAGAACCUUGAGACUCUGAAGACCACGUGCACCAUGCUGGAGGAACAGGUGGUGGAGCUGGAGAGCCUGAACGAUGAGCUGCUGGAGAAGGAGAGACAAUGGGAGGCCUGGAGGUCCACGCUGGAGGACGAGAAGAACCAGGCUGAGAGGAGGACCAGGGAGGUCCAGAGGCUGCUGGACACUGAGAAACAGAACAGGCUCCGUACCGAGCAGCGUUGCUCUGAGUCCCGUCAGGCUGUGGAGCAAGCCGUCAAAGAGCACAAAGCUGAGAUCCUGGUCCUGCAGCAGGCCCUCAAGGACCAGAAACUCAAAGCCGAGAGCCUGGCAGACACUCUGAACGAUUUGGAGAAGAAGCACUCCAUGCUGGAGAUGAACGCCCGCAGUCUGCAGCAGAAGCUGGAGAGCGAGCGGGACGUGAAGCAGAGGCUGCUGGAAGAACAAGAGAAGCUGCAGCAGCAGCUGGACGCCCAGAAGACUCAUAUAUUCCGGCUGACGCAGGGGCUGCAGGACGCUUUGGAUCAGACCGACUUACUGAAAACCGAGCGGACGGACCUGGAGUACCAGCUGGAGAACAUCCAGGCGGUAUACUCUCAUGAGAAGGUGAAAAUGGAGGGAACCAUCACCCAGCAGACCAAGCUCAUAGACUUCCUCCAGUCCCAGGCCCAUGGAGGCUCCAAGAAGAAAAAAGGCCUGUUUGGACGACGGCGAGAGGACCUGAUAGCAGCCAUGGCAGCUCAGGCUCAGGCGCAGGGUCAGAGUCAGGGUCAAGGCCAGGUGUCCCCCGUGCCCCCCAUCCAGCCCGUACCUCUGCAGUACAGCGACAUGAAGGCGGCUCUGGAUAAAGAGCGCACUCGAUGCUCUGAGCUGGAAGAUGCUCUGCAGAAAAUGAGAGCGGAGCUGCGAUCUCUGAGGGAAGAAGCUCUCCAGUGCAAGGAUCAUUGCAGCGCUGCAAACCCAGCCUCAGCAAGGCAGCAGAUCAUCAUGUCUGCCAUGGUGAAGUCUCCAGACCACCAGCAGGGCCCCACCAGCCUGGCCCCCUCCAGCUCCGGACGCAGGAAGGACACUCCAACACCAGAGGAAGGAAGGAGGGUCACAUUUGAAAAGUACAGCCGCCGUUUGAAGGACAGCCAGAGAGACCGAGAGCGGGAGAGAGAGAGGUCGCUCCACCACAACACCCCUCACCGAUUCACAGUGGGACUAAACAUGAGGGCCGCCAAGUGUACCGUAUGCCUGGAUACCGUCCACUUUGGUCGCCAAGCAGCGACCUGUCUUGAAUGCCACGCUCUGUGCCAUCCUAAGUGCUCCGCCUGCCUUCCAGCCACCUGCGGCAUGUCCAGCGACUGUUCGCUGCAUCUCUCCGAGGGUUUGUGUCGAGACAAAGCCGCUUCGGGGGGCCAGCAGAUCAAAGAUGCCGGCGGACACAUGCACCUGGAGGGUUGGAUGAAGCAGCCCAGGAAUGGGAAGCGGGGUCAAGGUUGGGAGAGGAAAUACGUCGUCCUGGACGGGACUAAAGUCUCCAUCUAUGAGAUCGAGCCGAGAGAAGAUUCUGUGAAGCCACUGGAGGAGUUUGACUUGUGUCUGUCAGAGGGAGAGGUGAUGAUUCAUGGAGCAGUCGGAGCAUCGGAGCUCCCGAACACGGCCAAAUCUGACGUGGCCUACGUCCUGAAGCUGGAGUCUCGUUGCCACGCCCCCUGCUGGCCGGGUCAGGCCAUCUACUUCAUGGCCCCCAGUUUCCCGGACAAGCAGCGCUGGGUGGCCGUGAUGGAGGCUGUGGUGGGCGGCGGGCGAGCCGCUCGGGAGAAGGCGGAGGCUGACGCAAAGCUGCUGGGAAACUCUCUGCUAAAGCUGGAGGGUGACGACAGACUGGACAUUAACUGCACCCUCCCUCUAACCGAUCAGAUCGUUCUGGUUGGAUCUGAGGAGGGACUGUACGCUCUGAACGUCAUCAAGAACUCCCUGACCCACAUCCCUGGUCUGGGAUCGGUUUUUCAGAUACAGAUCAUCAAAGAGCAGGAGAAACUGCUGAUGAUUGUUGGGGAUGAGAGGGCCCUGUGUCUGGUGGAGAUUAAACGGGUGAAGCAGUCUCUGGCUCAGUCCCACCUGCCCAGCCAGACCGAACUGGCUCCCUACAUCUUUGAGACGGUGAAAGGCUGCCACCUGUUCGCCGCUGGAAGGGUGGACAACGGGCCGUGUAUAUGUGCUGCGAUGCCGAACAAGAUAACCAUCCUGCGCUACAAUGAGAAUCUGAACAAAUACUGCAUCCGCAAGGAAAUUGAAACCUUGGAGCCCUGCAGCUGCAUCCACCUGACCAGCUACAGCAUCAUAAUCGGCACCAACAAGUUCUAUGAGAUUGAAAUGAAGCAGUACGUCCUGGAAGAGUUCCUGGACAAGAACGACGUGUCUCUGGCCUCCGCCCUGUUCGCCACCUCCUCUCACAGCUUCCCCAUCGCCAUCCUGCAGGUGGCCAGCAGCAUGCAGAAGGAGGAGUACCUCCUCUGUUUUCAUGAGUUCGGUUUCUUUGUGGAUUCUUACGGAAGAAGAAGUCGUACCGAUGAGAUCAAGUGGAGCCGAGUGCCUCUGUCUUUUGCCUACAGAGAGCCCUACCUGUUUGUCACCUACUUUAACUCCCUGGAUGUGAUUGAAAUUCAGGGACACGGAGCAGCGGGCCCGGCAGUUCUGGCCCACCUGGACAUUCCUAACCCUCGUUACCUGGGCCCAGCCAUCUCCUCUGGAGCCAUUUACCUGGCCUCCUCCUAUCAGAGCAAACUACGGGUCAUCUGCUGUAAGGGAAGCCUGAUCAGGGAGUCCGGAGAGCUGCAGAGGACCGGCUCCAGCAGAGGUAGUCCCAGUAAGCGAGGCCCCCCCACCUACUCGGAGCACAUCACCAAGCGCUUGACUUCGGGCCCCGGCAGCCAUGACGGUUUGCACCGUGAACCCAGCACCCCGCACCGCUACCGGGAGGGCCGCACAGAGUUCAGGAGAGACAAGUCCCCCGCCCGGCCGCUGGACAGAGAGAAGUCCCCCGGCAGGGUGCUGGACAGUCGCAGGGAGCGCUCCCCAGGGAGGUUUGGGGACAGCACCCGACUCCAUGCCGGGUCGGUCCGAACGCAGCUGGCCCCUGUUAACAAGGUCUGGGAUCAGUCAUCGGUGUGAGCCCUUGCCCCGCCCCCCCAUGCUGAGGAAACCCUCACCCCUCUGAGCUCAAGCACACACCGCUCCAUGUGUGAGGGCGGCCGUCAGCCCUCUCGCCUGUACAUACUGCAGCCUGAGGCCCGGCAGGAGCCUCAAGUGACAAUCCGCAUCCCGACAUGUGCUUUCAUGGACAUUCACCCGCAGUAGAUAUGGUUGGCAGGCAGGCGGCGCUGUUCUCCAGGUUGUGAGAAUCUUUUCUUAUCUACUCAGCUGUACAUACCUGUGUGAGUUUUUAUAAAGGGAACAGUUGGCUGGAGAAGCCUGAUCUAUAUUUUUUAAUGAGUUUCUAAAGAUGUUUAACGGAGAUUCGUGACGCUGUUGGCUGAGAAGCAGAAAUAAUCCCCUCAGUAUGAAGUCUGGCUCUAAGGUUGAGGAGUGUCUCUGGUUUUCCCCUCAUAGCUGGUGUAGAGGAAGCAGCCUGAAGGCCAACUCUGCACUGGACUGGGUUGGAAGAGGAGCUACAGACUGGUUCUGGUCACAUGACCGGUCCGGCCUCCUUCCCUUCAGAUCCUCUUCACUAAACUAGCCUCUGAUAUUUAAACGCAUAUGAUUACUUUCUUGACCGUCGUUGUCCAGCAGCGUUUUGCUCCAAGUGUUCUUUGUGGCGUUUUCUUGGCAAACCUACAGCUCUGCCUCUGGUGCCGGACCGCUCCAGCUCGCUACUAGCCCGCCGCCGCCGCUGAUUGUGGUGCAGAUGUCCUGUUUCUGUGCAGUGCUAGUGACCGUCUGGGGGUGGGGUCAUCGCCUUCCCCCGUUGUUUCUCCGGGCCGGUCGGAAACACCUCCACUCUUCACAUCAGUGAGCAUGACUUCCUAACGGAGCUUUAGUUGCUUUUGGAUCUUGAUUCUUUCUCUUGGUUGUUCUCUUUUUGUCAUGUAAUCACUUGACUUUGCAUUUAAUAGGUAGACAUUGAUGUUAGUAACUUAAGCUUUUCUUGAUUUCUAAACAUGUAUAAGAGAACAUCAAUUAAACAUUAUUAAA